AGGAUUGGGAGUGUUCACCAUGGCCGUGGCUGACACUGUCCUGCCGUCCAUCAACACUCUGGCCGGCUUCAAUCAGUUACAGGACAAACAGCUGGAUAUCUUGAAGUGGUGGAGAGUGGAUGAACCCCAAGAGAUAGUGUCCCCCAAGCCACCAGCCCCCUCGGCCUCCCUGGUCCCCACCCGCCGCUCCCCCCAUGUCAAAAAGGAGGAGGAUGAAGAAGACUCUUACUGGGACCUGGACUUCCUCCUCACCAACUUCCCCAGCACGGAGAUGGGUGGCCCCUGGCCCAGCACUUCAGUGGGCUACGGAGCCCCCGACGGACCAGAGGGCCCCAGCCUCUAUCCGUCAGAGACCUACCCUUCUUCGUCUGAGCUGCUGGGAGGGUUCUCGGGGGGCGGAGGGGCCACCCUGACCACCCCAGCGUCUUCCAGCCUAGUGGCUGAGUUACUGUCCCCCGAGGCCUCUCCGGCCUGGGCCAGACCUGUAGUCAAGCCCCCAGCUGAUAAUGGGGUUCUGGAGGCCUUUCGGGGCUCCCCCUCCUUUCCUCAGCCCCGGGUGGAGCAGGCCCCUGACCCCCAGCCCCUGGGAAGCCUUCCGGAUCCCAAGCCUGUGACUUUGAGGCCUUGUUACCAGGUCCCCAGUGGCAGCUACUUCCACCCAGCCAAGGCAGGGAGCUUGGGAGACAAGGGGACCCCCAGGUAUCCCUUCGCCGGGGCCCCCCCAAUGGCUCCCUAUGGGAUGGUGAGUGGCUACCAGCCCUUUUACUCGCCGCCACCCUUGCACAACCAGUACCAGGGCCGCUUCCAGCUGUACCGAGCCCAACCGAGCCCAGCCCCUGCCUCCCCAGCCUUCCUGAGCCACCUGCCACCGGGGGCCGGGGCCGAAGACACAAAGCCCAAGCGCAGCCGUCGUUCCUGGCCCCGGAAGCGCCAGGCCAGCCACACCUGCAGCCACCCCAGCUGUGGCAAGACUUACACCAAGAGCUCCCACCUGAAGGCACACCUGAGGACCCACACAGGGGAGAAGCCUUACGCCUGCACUUGGGACAACUGCGGCUGGAAAUUUGCUCGCUCGGAUGAGCUGACCCGGCAUUACCGCAAACACACGGGGCAACGCCCCUUCCAGUGCCAGCUGUGCCAACGCGCCUUCUCCCGUUCUGACCACCUCGCCCUGCACAUGAAAAGACAUACAUAG